ACAGUUCAAGGUCCUGUCCAACUUACAAAACCAAAUCCAGAAGGCAAGGUUAAUGGCCAGAAGAGCAUUUUGCCAAAUCCAAACGCACUUCAAAAUUUAUUUAAUCCAAACACCCGUUAAUUCUUCUAGCAUGUGACCAUAAGGAUACGAGUUCAAAUAGCGGAAACAACAUCUGAUAGAACUGCAAGAUAAAGACUAGGCACAAUAUAUCUUGUGGUCCGGUCCUUUCCGGAACUCUACACGUAACGGGAGUUUUAGUGUACUGAGCUGCUCUUUAAUAGCUUAAUCCUUCUUCUUACCAGAGAUUAUUAGCAAAGAAUCAUGUAUAAGCCUAGAAGUUUAGUUAAAAUAGGCCUUCUGAGUCGUCAAUUCCUUUCAAGAACAUAUUCAAAACCCAAGAAACAUGUACAUUUGCAAAUUAUAUCAAAACCCCACGUAGAAAAACAGUCCAUUUUUAGCUGUAAUAAACUAAUCAUGAGUUUAGGACGUCAAGGCAAAGUUGUCGAAGCUCGUAAACUGUUCGAUGAAAUGCCUGACAGAGAUGUUGUUUCGUAUGCUUCAAUGAUCACUGUUUAUCUUAAACAUAAGGAACUUCCUGAAGCUGAGAGGUUGUUUUAUUCAAUGCCUGAGAGGAAUGUAGUAUCUGAUUCCGCUAUGGUUCAUGCGUACGCGAAAGCUGGGAGGAUCGAUGAGGCUCGGGGGAUAUUUGAUUUGAUGCCGGAUAGGAAUGCUUAUGCUUGGACAAGUUUGAUUUCCGGGUAUUUUCGCAGUCGUAGAGUGGACGAAGCUCAGAAGUUGCUUCAAGAAAUGCCUGAGAAAAAUGUGGUUACGUGGACUACAGCGAUGAUGGGGUAUGCUCAAAAUGGUUUGAUUAAUGAGGCACGACGUAUUUUUGAUCAGGUUCUUGAAAAAAAUGUCAUUGUUUGGACGGCUAUGAUAAGGGCUUAUGUUGAAGAUCAUCAGGUUGAUCAAGCUCUUGAGCUCUUUUAUAAGAUGCCCGAACGUAAUUUGUAUUCUUGGAAUGUUAUUAUUCAAGGCUGUUUGAAUGAUAAUAGGGUGGAGAAAGGUUUGGAGCUUUUUAACGCGAUGCCUUGGAGAAAUGCGGUUUCUUGGACAACUAUCGUUACUGGUCUUGCACGAAAUGGGAUGAUAGAAAUGGCAAGAGAGUAUUUUGAUCAAAUGCCAAACAGGGAUCCUGCUGCAUGGAAUGCUAUGAUAACAGCUUAUGUUGACGAAGGCCUAGUGGAUAAGGCCAACGAACUUUUUGAUUCGAUGCCUAAUAAAGAUCUUGUAAGUUGGAAUGUAAUGAUUGAUGGGUAUGCGAAAAGUGGCCUCGAGGCUGAAGCCUUAAAGUGUUUCAUUCUCAUGCUUUGGUCGGGCUUAAGGCCGAAUCAGACUACUCUUACCAGUGUAGUGACCUCAAGUGGGGGAAUCCUUGAGUUAAUGCAAGCUCAUGUCCUUGUUUUACUGCUGGGAUUCGACCAAGAUACUUCACUUAACAACGCUCUUGUCACCAUGUACUCCAGAUGUGGAGAUUUAAACUCAUCGUUGAUCACUUUUGAGAAUCUGAAAGUAAAAGAUGUUGUUUCGUGGACGGCAAUAAUACUGGCGUAUGCAAAUCAUGGUCUUGGAAAACAAGCAUUGCAAGCCUUUGCGCAGAUGCUAAGGUCCGGUAACAAGCCAGACGAGAUAACUUUUGUGGGACUCUUGGCAGCUUGUAGUCAUGCUGGUCUUGUUAAGAAGGGUCAAAAGUUCUUCGAGUCGAUGAGUCAUGCCUAUGAUUUAAAACCGAGGCCCGAACAUUACUGUUGCCUUGUUGACAUUUUAGGUCGUGGUAAGUUAGUUGAUGAAGCUAUAAGGGUGGUGCAACAGAUGCCUCCCGAGGAACGUGAUGGUGCUGUUCUAGGGGCUUUGCUUGGUGCUUGUAAGUUGUAUGGAGAUGUUGGAGUAGCUAAUCAGAUUUGCGACGAAAUAUUAGAGCUUGAACCAGGUAGCUCAGGGGCUUAUAUACUAAUGGCAAAUGCUUAUGCGGCUUCUGGGAGAUGGGGCGAUUUUGCGCAAGUAAGGAAGAAAAUGAAGGAGAGGAAAGUGAAAAAAGUUCCCGGUUUUAGUGAAAUUGAAGUCAAUGGGAAAAAUCAUGUAUUUUUUGUGGGAGACAGGUCUCACCCUGAGAAAAAGGAGAUUUACGCGCUUAUUAAAGAAAAUUUAAUGCCUCUAAUGCAAGAGAAGAUGAUUUAGAGGAAUCAAAUAGAUGCAUCGAAAGCCCGGGAUUGAAGAAUUUCAUGUGAACCAUUCGCUAAUGCAUGUUCUGAAGUUCGAUGCAGAAAGGCGACCAUGUCAGGUGACUAGAUCACACUCCUAUUCAAAUGUUGGUUCACUCUGACCACUUUAUAGCUACCCUUCCACUGCUCAUCUAGGAACGGAGCUUGACGUCUGAUACAGAUUUCAAACACAGUCAUUGUCAUUUGAAGUCUUCAUUCUGAUGAUGUUCUCUUGCUGCUAUCGGAUUAUGGGUAGAUGAACAUGAUCUCAAAAGGAGAGAUUGAGAAGCAGUUGAACAUUUAUUAUCAGGAAGAGCUAGCUGCUUGAAUGCACGCGCUGGCAACCUACAUCGUGCAUAGCCGCAUACAUACAUUUUCUCGUGGAGUAAGAAAAUUAGCUUCUGAGUGCACUGAGGCUGAGAUAUGUAACAAAAUUAGCUUCUGAGUGCACUGAGGCUGAGAUAUGUAACGCUGCGACGAACAUUAAGUCUGCAGGACCUAUCAAUUGAUAGGGGUAAGGUUUGGAAACUGAAUGAGAUAAUAGUUGUAAAAUGAUCUACCCAUUAAUUAACUCAAAGUGGCUCAUGUAUGUUAUUCCUUAAAUAUUGUAUGC